UUACAAGUAUCUUAUAGUUUUCUUUAAUUAUAUCAAGGAACGUAUUAUCAUUUAAUAAUCUUGCUUGUUUUGUUAUUUGAACUUUAAGUAAGUUGUACUUAUAUAGUUAUUUCUAAUAUUCAUUCCGAACAGAAAGGUUGUGGCUACUCGUGUCUUUUGGUGACAAACAAUAUUUAAAAAGUCAAAAAUGGCGCCGUUGAUAAAAACAGUGCAAAUAUCUACAAAGGAAUUACAAGAUACAGACGUAAUAACUAAAUGUGCACCUAGGAUAUAUAACAUAGUAUAUCUUAGAGUUUUACAAUAUACUGUUUUACAUAUAUUUGCCGCGUACGGACUAUAUCUUGGGAUAACAGCGGCUAAAUGGAAGACAAUCAUAUCAUUUUGUAUAUUCUUAAUAGCCAGUGUCGUGGGUAUAACUGUGGCGGCACAUCGAUUGUGGUCGCACAAGGCUUUCAAGGCGACUAUGCCGCUACAAAUUGUACUAAUGCUGUUCAACUCAAUAGCUUUCCAAAGCACAGCUAUUGAUUGGAUACGAGAUCACAGACUUCAUCAUAAGCACAGUGAUACAGACGCGGACCCUUACAACGCAUCUCGCGGAUUCUUCUUCUCGCAUAUUGGCUGGUUGCUGGUGAGGAAGCACCCACUGGUACUGAAGAAGGGGAAGACUGUCGACAUGAGCGACAUCUACAACAAUCCAGUGCUUAAGUUCCAACAAAAACACGCUGUCAUUGUCAUCGGAUUAUGCUGUUACGUCGUCCCGACCAUUAUUCCUAUAUAUUUCUGGAACGAGACAUUCUCCAAUGCCUUCUAUAUUAAUACCCUUCGUCACGUCAUUGGUCUACAUUUAGCAUUUAGUGUGAAUAGUUUCGCCCACUUAUGGGGUACUAAACCGUACGACAAAUCUAUAUUACCUGUACAAUCUUUAUUUGUUUCCUUAAUAUCGGGUGGUGAAGGUUUCCAUAACUACCAUCAUGUGUUUCCAUGUGAUUAUAGGACUGCAGAGAUAGGAAAUAAUUGGUUGAAUCCUUCCACUUUAUUUAUAGAUGUAUUGGCAAAAUUCGGUUUGGUUUACGAUUUGAAAUCAACACCGGAAAACGUCAUAAAUAACAGAAUAAUUCGUACUGGAGAUGGAAGUAAUGUUUGGGGGAUUAGUUAAGGUUAUUGUAGAGAAGUUGCCUAUAUAUAUAAAUAAAAUUUGAGUGUCUGUU